CACGACAGAGGGCGGCGCGGAUGUGACGGAGCUGCCGCCGCAAUUUUCCCCCUCUCUGUCUGUCACUCCACUUUGCUGAUGCCCGUGCGUUACCUGCGGCCCGGCUGUGCAGCCUCUGUUUGGGUGCUCCUGGUGCUGCUGUCGUCCGCCUGUGUGCGCAUCUGUGGUCAGUUCACGUCGGCAUGCAUCUUCGGCAACGAUUUCGAAGACGCGCCGGGUGUGAACAAGGUGGGCCCGCCCCGCCCUGCUCACGCUGAUCUGCCUGUACUAACGCUUGUUUGGUGUGUAAUGCCUGUGUUGGUGCUGCGUCUGUGCGCUCUUGUUGUCAGGACUGCAAUCCUCCAGGUCAGUCAGCUUGAGGGUAGAGGCAGCCCAACGGCCGGCCGGGCGGCCCUGUACCGUCACUCCACUCUUGGCUGCAGGCACCCGCAGGACGGAGGAGGGGGGGCAGCCCGGUAGUGUGCGUGCCGAACAUCCUGCUGUUCUUCGACGAGGACAGCGAUGACGACGACCCGCUGGAGGGCAAGGCAUUCGGCAAAUGCGUCCCAAGUCAGGCACCCACACCCACACCCACACCCACACACGCAUUCCCUUCUCUCUCGGCUCAUUCCCCCAAUCGUCCGGUUGCUCAGCUUCUGCGCUCACUGAGGCCUUCAAGAAAGCGCAGACGGCCGGUCUGGCUGCAUUUGCCCCCGACCCCGGCGAGCCGGCGGUGGUGGAUGCACAAGGGAUCGGCCAGAGCAUCCUCUGCGGACAGCUCAAUGAGGACGGCACGGGCACCGCGGCGGUAAGGGAGUGGGCAGAGAUGAGGGAGGGCAACAGGCCGGGCCGGCCUAUGGAUGGAUGGAUGUACUCUCUCUUGUGGAUGGAUGUGUGGUCAGCUUGGCGGCUGUCCUGAGGAGGCGCCAAUAUGUGCAAAGACGAGCGACCGACGGUUUUGCUACUGCAUCACCGCUGACAUUGGUGAGAGGAGAGGUGCUUGGGGGUGAACAACGAACGUGACGGACCUAUUGCACGCGCCCGUGUGUGUGGGUGUGUGUGUGGGUGUGGGUGUCCUGUAGGCCUCUUCGGCCCGCUAUCGCCCGAAGGUCCGCUCACCGCGUAACCACAGACAGCGUUGUAUAGCACCUGUUGUGACUGUUGCUGCUGCCUCUGUCAGCUGCGGGCACUGCAUCGUUGUCUGUCGGGGUCAAUGAGGGCCAGCCAUCAUCCCUGUGCACCCAGCAGGACCUCGACGGCUGCAGCAACAUCGUCAACGGCCUCGGCGUCAACCUCGACUGCUUCGACGACCUUCCCGUCGUCGACCGACGGAAUGACAGCGGGCCAAGCGCCGCGGAGUUCGUCAUCGGCGACCCGAACGAGGACCCCGAGCCUUUCCAGCAGCUGGUAGCGGGCACAUACUUGCUCGAGGACAUCCCGGCGGGGUCUUGGCUGGACACAGUGGAGAAUGUCGGCGACUCGGACAGCUGUUUCCGCAUCCAGGGCGGCGACGAGGAGGACGAGGACUUCUUCUUUUUGGACCUGUCGUGGAACACUACCGAGGGCGUCACUGCGCUGAUCGACUUCAACUGCCCACCAGUGGGGCCCUGCUCCAUCAGAAUUGGCAGCUUAUUCCUGCCUGCACUGGUCGGCCCUCGUCUAAUUACAAUUGCGUGCAGUCAGUGAAUGCAUCGACAAAUGCGCAUGUCUGUCUGUCUGUCUGCCUUGCCUUCCUCAGUUUUCGAUCCAGGGAGUGCUGGAAGUGGUCAACUCCACGUUCCCGGGGUGUGUGGGCAUCCCCGUGCAGAUCGAGCUGACGGGUGCUGGGCUGGUCGACGAGGCCGCCUCAUUCAGCCUCAACCAAGCAAACUUCAACGAGUCCCAGCGCGUCAUCGCCAUACAGGAACCGGGAGGGACCGACGUCAUCGUCACGCGCGGCGCGGGCCUCAGCAGCCCCGGGGCUCAGGUCGGGCUGGGGCUGCUGACGUUUCCCGAGGUGGCGCCUGAGGGCUGCCCGUCGCUGUUCAAGCAGCGGAUCUUCACCAUCACGACGGGCGAGAUCGAGGCCGGGGGGCUGCUGGCCGUCACUGCCAGCGGCACCUCUUCCUUCGAAGACGAGCUUGGCGAGGUCAUGACCGAGGUAGGCAUCCAGCUAGGCAAACGGGACACUGCAUCCAUGUGUGUCAUCCGUGUGUGUUGGUCUGGCUCCAGGCCAUUUUCGAGCUCAACGUGACAGGCACAUCCAACGCGACUGACCUGAGCGACGUGUGCAACACGGCUCAGCUCGUCCCUGUCGAAGGAGAGAGUGGCCGACGAAGGCGCGCCGUGGCCAUGGCCACGGCCAUUCGCGAGCAGAGCAUCUUCUCGACCGAGCUUGAAGACCUCGGGGGCAUCGUCAUCCCUGCUGUGUUCUUCCCCCUCUUCAAGCCCGGCCAGUCGCCCGACUUUCCCUUCCUCAACGCCGUCUCCAUCAACCGCUUCACCACCAUCAGGAGAUUCAACGCAACAGCUUUGGCCAACGAGUUCCUCAUCGACGACCCAACUGACAGCGUAUCCCUGUUCGACACGCUGCCGUCGGCCGACAACGUGUCGGUGCUGUGUGUCGAGGAAACUGAGGUGCUGCCUAUCACCUUUGGCCUCUUGAACCUGGAGUCAGAGGCGUCGCUGGACCUCAUCCUGAAAGGGCAGCUCGGAGACCUCCAGGACACUGAUGACGACGGCGGUUAGUGAAAUAGCCAGCAUGAGCAUGACAACCAGUGCUUUGGCGCCGAAUGUGCGUGUGCAUCUCUGCCUGUCUGUCUGUCGGUCCAUCAGUGGUGAUUGAGUGUCGCGGCCCGCUGCUGCAGACCCUCCCCGCAGGAUUCAACGAGACCUUCAUCAUCGAGAACGGCCUCAACAUCGGCUCCAUCGCAGCGGUAUCGGUCGACCCCAGCCUGGGCACCAUCGGCAAAGACAUCUUUGUCGACGCGCUUAUCGACGAGACCGACGGCUCCGUGACGUCCCUGAGGGAGGAGGGGACGGUGUUCAGCCUGUCGCAGCACAACUGUGCCGGGGUCAACAUGACGGUUUCCAAGCGGAUCGAGGCGCUCAUCCAGGUGGUGGACGAGGAGGGGGAGGAGAUCUUCUCGGAAACCACUUGCCAACUGGGCUUCGGUGAGGGACGUUGAACGCGAAGGAUGCCAGCAGCUGUGUGUGUCAUGCCUGCCUCUGUUCUGUUUGCCCACGUAUGUGCCAUUGCUGUCGCCCUCAAUCAACAGAUUGCUGUAAGCAAGAGAGAUCAAGCGUCGUGCAGCCAUGACCCCACUCUCCCUCUAUCUCUCUCUCUCUUUCUCUGCGUGUGUCUGCUUACAGUCCAGCCGUGCCGAGAGACCUCCCUGCCGCUCGAGAACCCGGCCAGCGUGCAGCCGGGCAUCUACCAGCUGGAGCCCGCCCCCUACCUCUUCGCCGAGCAGAUCUUCUCUGUCGACCCUUUCAGCGACGACCCGCGCAUCGACGGAUGUGUGUCCUUCUACGACCUCGCAGACUUCGGCAACUGCACGCCGCCGGAGUGCCAGCUGGACAACGAGCGGGUCUUCCAGUGCAGGCCGGAUGAGGAGCGCGGGAUUGGGCUGCAGCUGGAGGUCAUCCUCGACCUGGAAGAGCUGGAUGGCGACACCACACCGGGCCUGCUCUCGCCGCGGGCACUGGCCACCGUGCAGCUGAGGGGGACGGUGGAACAGGUGUGGCCGCCCGAGUGCGAGGGCACGCUCGUCUUUGUGGAAGGUGCGUGAGCUCCCUGCCCGUCACUCACAAGUAGGAAGGGUCAUCUAUGUUGUUUCCUUGCCGGCAACAGGGUCCCUUCUGGUGGGUGCCGGCCAGACGAGGCAGGACAUCACACCGCGGGGGUUGUUCGAGCUGAUUCGGCAAGACCUGCUGGACGCCCUGCCCGACAUAGCGGACGCGCCUCUGGCGACCACUCUUCAGGACUUUUUCAUCCUCGACGAGUCUUUGGCCUAUCCCGAGCUGCUCCUCACGUCCAGCCUGCAGCUGACCGAGCUUGAGUACACCCUUCGCUCCCUCGCAGAAGGCAGAACGGUCGAGGAGUGCUUCAACGCCGAGGGGCUGACCACGGUCAGCGCGCAGGACGUCGUGCCUUUCCGUGUGUCUGAGGGGGUGUCUGAUGCGGCGCUGUCGCCGCUUCCGGUCAACACGACGAGUGAAGGAGACAUCAUCGGGAUCCCGCCCAUUGUGGACGUCAGCACGGGCAGCAUCAACUUCGCGGUGAGUGACCACAGACAGAUUUGGAGACCACAGAGACGGCGCAACUUCUGCUCCUGCAUCUCUUUGGGGGGGGCAGUCCCAGGGGACCUUGCCGCCCAACAUUGACGUGGAUGACGACGUGCUGACGCUGGGAGUCAGGUGAGGGAGCAAUGCAAUCGCUGCAAUGGCUCCGUCCGUCCGUCCAUUCGACACUUGCGAAACAAAGUGUGUGUCCAUCCAUUCUUCAGGGCGCCACUGAGUGCGAGCAUCGAGCCCCCCCAGACGCAGAACCAGUCCACCGUCUUCGGGCGGCUCACCGCCCUCUGCAACCUACCAGAGGAGGGUAGGCCAGGCCACUGCAGUGCACCCUCUGUGUGUCCCAUCCGUCCACUGACUGCACUGACUGCAGUGGCGAUUCAGUGCAAGCCCUCGCUACCCAUCCCCCUCAUCGCCGGUGCGGACGCCAUCGUCCCGAACGGCACCGACUUCGCCACCGUCCUGACGGGCGACACAUCGGGCUCGACGGUCGGGCCUCUGAGCGUGGCUGAGAACUUCACCCUCUCGUGCUCUGUCAGCGAGGCGAGGGCGCUGCUGCUGGUGGACGACGGUCCCGAGCUGGUGCUGAUUCGGGUGGUGCCGCUGACAGUGGUGGUUGUCGACGAGGAAGACGGCACUGUCAGCACCACGAGAACGGAUUGUCCCAUCACCAUCGGUGGGCGAGUGGAGGGAUGGAUUGGUCUCGACGUCAUGUUGGUGUCUGUGUGCCUCUCUGGGUGUGGUGUGUGUGGUGGCUUGUUGGUGCUGCCAUGUGGUGGUUGGAUCCUCGUGUCGCCAUCCAGACUGCCGUAAGCCACACACACAUAUAGCAAAGAAUCACCCUCAGUGCAGUGCACCCUUCGAGUAUUUCGUGCCUGUCUUUGUGCGUCAGAGCUGCCAACUGCAGCAUCGUCGGCCGCACAAGAGCAGACUGGCGAUGGACGUGCUGCCGGCCGGCCUUCGCGGACAGCAGGUGGUCGUGGUGCUGCUGGUGAUGCCCAUCUGCAGAUGGUGACGGACAUCCGGCGGCGGCGGAAGCUGAAGGAGACGAGGGGGCGAUUGAUGACAGACAGGUGAUAGGCCUUGAUCGAUUUGUGCGGUGUGUGGGCGUGGGUGUGGGUUCGGGCGGCUCUUGGUGUCUGACUGAGCUUGGUCGCUCUCAGAUAGGCUCUCAGCUUUGUGACCUGUCCUCUGUAGCGCAUUUAUGUAGAGAUCUAGGUGUGUAGCAGCGCCAUGCUUGAGCACUGCCUCUCUAGGGAAUAGUCAUCUUCGUCUAGGUCUGUCUGUCUGUCCAUCUCUGUGGUAUAUAUACUUGAGGGCUUCCAGCUGUGUGAGUGAGUGCGUGUGUGUGUCUGCAAGUACGGAUGACCGAACAGUGAAUUGUGUGGCCGGCCGGUGUGUACGCGACGCGACUCU